AUGCCAGUGCAUACUGGGUGUGGAAUAUUUGUAUUCCUCAGUGUAUUGCUGAUUUCUUUCACACCACCUUGCAAUGGAGGAAACAUUCUGGUGUUCCCAGUGGACGGGAGCCACUGGAUCAAUAUGAAGAUCUUGCUGGAGGAGCUUCAUGCUAAAGGACACAACAUCACUGUAAUGAGGGCCUCCACCAGCUGGUACAUCCCAGAAAAGUCUCCGCUCUACACAUCCAUUACCAUGAAAUUUGAUGAAAAUUUAAAAGGCUUUUUUGAUGUCUACCUACAGGAGCAUAUGAGGGCGCAGAGAGAGGGGGCUUCAGCUCUUACUUUCUUCAAACUGACCAAAAAUUUCCUUUCUAUGAUUUCUGAGGGUCAUUCAAUAUCAGCUGUUGCUCUUACUCAAGUCUUUGAAGACGAAAAUAUGGUCAAAAGCUUAAUGGAUUCCCAAUAUGAUCUUGUUCUCACUGACCCAGCCAUAGCUACAGGGGUUGUACUGGCCAAGUAUCUCAAACUGCCCGUGGUUCUCAAUGUUCGCUGGAUCACCAGCGGAGAAGGCCACUUUGCACUAGCCCCCUCACCACUCUCUUAUAUCCCAGUGCCAGGAUCGGGCUUAACGGACAAAAUGAAUUUCAUCCAGAGGGUCAAGAACAUGCUUUUUCACAGCAUUAUAGAGUUCCAGCAGAAAUUCCUGGUGGGGCCAACCUAUGAUGCCAUUUGUGAUAAAUACAUUGAAGGGGGCUGUGACAUCAUCUCACUUCUUCAGGAAGCAGACAUUUGGCUGUUCAGGUCAGACUUUGUGUUUGACUUCCCUCGGCCCACAAUGCCAAACGUUGUCUACAUAGGAGGGUUCCAGUGCAAACCGGCCCAACCUCUUCCAGCAGACCUGGAGGACUUUGUUCAGGGUGCUGGGGAGCAUGGAGUCAUCAUCAUGACUCUGGGAGCUUCGGUGAACACUUUGCCCAAAGAGGUUGCAGAAGAAAUCGCCAGCAUCUUUGCCAGGAUACCUCAGAAGGUGAUAUGGAGGCACAUAGGUGAGCGUCCCUCUACUUUGGGCAACAACACCCUGAUAGUGGACUGGAUGCCACAGAAGGACCUCCUGGGCCACCCACAGACCAAAGUCUUUGUAGCUCAUGGAGGAACCAAUGGAGUCCAGGAGGCCAUUUACCACGGGGUCCCUGUGCUCGGCAUACCAUUGUUCUUUGACCAAUAUGACAACCUUUUACGUCUGCAGGAGAGAGGAGCCGCAAAGAUCAUUGAGCUAGGUGAUGUUAACGGCCACAGUUUUGAGCAAGGUAUCAAUGAAGUGCUCCAUCAUGAGGGCUACAGACAGAACAUGCAAAGACUGUCACGUCUGCACAGAGAUCAGCCAAUGACACCCAUGGACCAGGCCAUCUUCUGGGUGGAAUAUGUGAUGCGCCAUAAAGGGGCUCCUCACCUGCGUACAGAGGCCUAUAAGAUGCCCUGGUACUCUUAUUACUGUUUGGAUGUACUGCUACUAUUGCUGACUGCGGCAACUGUACUGCUGCUCUCUGCUUUGGCCUUUUUCAGAUUUCUGUGCUGCAGAGGUAGAAAGAUGACCAAAGCCAAACAACACUGAUUAAAAUUCAAUUUAUUUAGAAAUAUUCUACAAUGAGUUCUCUAAAGAGUUACAUUUAGAUAAAAACAUAUAUCCUCACACAUGUCAUUUAUAUCUGCUUAUUAGGUUUAGGAAAAGAAACAUGGUUGGGCGUUGUAAAGUUUAGGUAAGGAUAAAGUUAGGAAGGUUAGUUUCAGGAGAAGACAUAUGAUGACCACAUAACUAUAAAUAACUCAAAGUUCACUUAGUUUCAAACAGGACAGGGUCGUGGGUCUUUUGAGGGGAAAGUCCUGUGAAUGUUGGACCUAUCCACCACCCAAACCUUCCACCUUACUCAGAUUUUCACUCUUUUCCUACUUUCUUCUUUACUUCCACAGCGCUUCAGUAAUGCAUGAGAACAGCCUGCAUAAACAAAACAGUAGUUUGCUAUUGCUCAAGAUGGAGAGCAAAACCAAGCAAGAGCUCUUACUGUAACUGAAUUCAGAUUCAGAGUGAAUGAGCAGAGUGUCACUGAAUAAACAAACUGCAGGUGAAAAACUUCUCAUCAUUUAUUUGUCCAUCUGUUCUUAGAAUCUCAGCGCUCCCUGGUUUCAAGCCAUUUUCACAUUCAUCAUGUGUGUGCCUGCAGAGACCCCUCAGUGAUGCAUGAGUCAGACAUCUCUGGGUU